UGUGUAGGGAUCCCCCCGGAUCAGCAGCGUUUAAUCUUCGCUGGGAAGCAACUGGAGGAUGGCCGCACCCUGUCUGAUUACAACAUCCAGAAAGAGUCCACUCUCCAUCUGGUGCUGCGUCUGAGAGGUGGUGUUUUGGACCCGUCCCUCCGCAUUCUCGCUCAGAAAUAUAACUGUGACAAGAUGAUCUGCCGCAAGUGCUAUGCACGCCUCCACCCUCGUGCAUCAAAUUGUCGUAAAAAGAAAUGUGGCCACACAAACAACCUGCGCCCUAAGAAGAAGCUGAAGUAACUUUUGGGGCAGUUGGUGUCCUCGGCAUGUUUGUGUUUGAGCGAAAUCUCCAAUAAAAGUGUGCGUUGCAUCACA